UUCUCGUACGUGACACUCUCUAGUUUCUCCCCCAAACCCAAACCCCAGCCCCAGCCCGGAACAAAAAGAAAACAAAUCGCUCAAAUCCCAAAUCUUUCCUUCCCGAUCCCUCUCGCUCGCUCUAUCUAUCCCUCCCCCCUCCCCCCGUCUUCCAAUCCCCACGCGGUCGGUCAGAGAGAGUGAGGGAGGGGAGAGACGGACACGUUGCCAUUGUUCGUACCCGCUCCUCCUGUUUCUAACGCCGCCGCCGCCUCCGCUCCCUCUUCGCAUGGGCGUGCUGCUGCCUUCGUAGCCCCGGAUCGGACGAGGAAAGCCGCCGCCUGCUGCUCCCGCUCCCCGUGGUGCCCGGCGGCGACGGCGAUGGAGAGGGCCGGGGAGAACAGGAGGCCGGUGUUGGCGAAGCCCGUGCCAAGCGUCCGAGAGAUGGGGAAUCGGAGGCCGCUCAAGGAACUCAACAACCUCGCGGGGGCUCACCCGUACCCCUGCGCCGUCGCCAAGAAGCCGAUGCUAGAGAAGAGUCGGAGGGAUGAGCAGAAGCCAGCAUUGGUGACGCAUCGUCCUAUGACGAGGAAACUCGCCCUCUUAUUGGAGAACAGAGAACAACUUGACCAUCUGGCUACCGCAGCUGAUGCAGCAAAACCCGGAGUUGAUCCCCAGGAUGAGCCCAUCCCCAACGACACCGCUGACACUGAUGAAGAGAUCGAGUCGGUCGACGACGAUACUGACAUGGAUGAGGACGAACAGGAGGAUAUUGUGGAUGAUGUAUCCCUCAUGGACAUCGACAGCGCCGACUCCGGGAAUCCGCUGGCCGCAACUGAGUACGUCGACGAGAUUUACAGGUUCUACAGAGAAAAUGAGAAAAUGAGCUGUGUGCGUCCUGAUUACAUGUCCAGUCAAGAAGACAUAAAUGAAAAGAUGAGAGCUAUUCUGAUAGAUUGGCUCAUUGAGGUUCAUUACAAGUUUGAGUUGAUGGAUGAGACACUCUUUCUUACCGUGAACAUAAUAGACAGAUACUUGGAAAAACAAGUGGUGCCAAGGAAGAAGUUGCAGUUAGUUGGAGUGACAGCUAUGCUUCUUGCUUGUAAAUAUGAGGAAGUCUCAGUUCCGGUUGUUGAAGAUUUAGUGCUCAUUUCUGACCGAGCUUACACUAAAGGACAGAUUCUUGAAAUGGAAAAGUCGGUCCUAAACACUCUGGAAUACAACAUGUCUGUACCAACGCCAUAUGUUUUUAUGAGAAGGUUCCUGAAGGCAGCUGAUUCUGACAAGCAGCUACAGCUAGUUUCUUUCUUCAUGCUUGAGCUCUGCCUGGUUGAAUACCAAAUGCUCAAGUACUGCCCUUCGCUGCUUGCUGCCGCUGCAGUUUACACUGCACAGUGUGCUAUCAAUCGCUGCUGGCAGUGGACAAAGAUCUGUGAGACACAUAGCAGAUACACUAGAGAUCAGCUCAUUGAGUGCUCCAAAAUGAUGGUACAAUUCCACCAGAAGGCCGCAGGGGGGAAGCUUACAGGCGUCCACAGGAAAUACAGUGCAUUCAAGUUUGGUUGUGUGGCGAAAGUGGAGCCUGCGCACUUCUUGCUGGGGGGAUGAAACUUCCGGUACAAUCUAGAGCAAUCUAUCCUUCUUGAUAGAUUUUAAGUAUCCAUCUGAGAACAUGCAGAAACAUCUUGCUGAUGUUGCACAGAAGUGCAGCAGGUUUGCAACAUGCUUGUGGCGAUGUAAUAAUCUUAGUAUGAUCGUUCGUGGACGACGCUCCGAGUACUCAGUCGUUAAGUUGCGCUCCGGCUAAUAAUGAUUUAGCCUUCGUUAAAGAGUGCCAUGGAACCUUGUAAAGAGCAUUUGCCUGCAUGAAAUGAAGCAACAAACCUAUCUUUCUUA